GGAAAAUGCAAGGGCCGGUUAACUUGGGUGCCACAAGUAAUCAGACAGCGGUGGAGAGCCGAAGGUUCGCUUCAGUGCUGAAGUGCAGUCGACACCAGGCGACUUUCCGCGUCACCCGCAGCUCCGUCCCCUCCCCGCAAACCCACCCGCGGCUGUGCCAACCGCCCGGGGCAUGGGCCCCCCAACACGGCUCCUGGAGGCCCCGCGGCGCCGCAAGAUGUGAGAGGCCCGCGUCGGGCAGAACGAGAGCUUCGGGAGAGGAGCUGAUAGCCCCAAGCCUUCACAAGCCAGGCGAGGUGGCGGGGCGCGCUGCGCCCGGGCGGUGCUGAGCGUCCGGGAGCGCCCAAGCCAGGGCCGGAACGAGUAGCUGGCCGGAGGCGAGCCGCGGAGAGCAGGCUGUCAUGCCCUAUUGAUCCCCCCGCCCCCCGCCAAGUAUGUUUGGGCUGGACCAAUUCGAGCCCCAGAUCAACAGCAGGAACGCUGGCCAGGGCGAGAGGAACUUUAACGAGGCCGGACUAAGCAUGAACGCCCAUUUUAAGGCCCCGGCUUUCCACGCGGGGGGACCCCCUGGCCCCGUGGACCCUGCCAUGAGCGGGCUGGGCGAACCCCCGAUCUUGGGCAUGAACAUGGAGCCUUACGGCUUUCACGCGCGCAGCCACUCGGAGUUGCACGCGGGGGGGCUGCAGGCGCAGCCGGUGCACGGAUUCUUUGGAGGCCAACAGCCGCACCACGGCCACCCGGGAGGCCACCACCCCCACCAGCAUCACCCCCACUUUGGGGGCAACUUUGGCGGGCCGGAUCCAGGGGCCUCGUGCCUGCACGGGGGUCGCCUGCUCGGCUACGGCGGCGCUGCCGGCGGCUUGGGCAGCCAGCCGCCCUUCGCCGAAGGUUACGAUCAUAUGGCUGAGAGCCAGGGGCCGGAGAGCUUCGGCCCGCAGCGACCCGGGAACCUGCCGGACUUCCACAGUUCGGGCGCCUCGGGCCAUGCCGUGCCUGCCCCAUGCUUGCCGCUGGACCAGAGCCCUAACCGAGCCGCCUCCUUCCACGGCCUGCCCGCCUCCGGUGGCUCCGAUUCCCACAGUCUAGAGCCCCGGAGGGUGGCGAACCAAGGAGCCGUCGACUCGCUGGAAUACAAUUACCCGGGCGAGCCGCCCUCGGGACAUUUCGACAUGUUUUCUCCCUCUGAUUCCGAGGGGCAGCUGCCUCAUUAUGCAGCGGGUCGUCAGGUUCCCGGGGGCUCUUUCCCGGGUGCCUCGGCCAUGCCCAGAGCCGCAGGCAUGGUGGGCUUGUCGAAAAUGCACGCCCAACAGCAGCAGCAGCAGCAGCAGCAGCACGGCGUGUUCUUCGAGAGGUUCGGCGGGACCCGCAAGAUGCCCGUGGGGCUGGAGCCUGGAGUCGGCUCCAGGCACCCGUUGAUGCAGCCUCCCCAGCAGGCCCCGCCGCCCCCGCAGCAGCAGCCCCCGCAGCAGGCCCCGCCGCCUCCGCAGCAGCCGCCCCCGCAGCAGCCGCCGCCGCCGCCACCGCCUGGGCUUCUGGUCCGACAAAAUUCGUGUCCGCCCGCGCUCCCGCGUCCCCAGCAGGGCGAGGCGGGCACGCCCAGCAGCGGCCUGCAGGACGGAGGGCCCAUGCUGCCCAACCAACACGCGCAGUUCGAGUACCCCAUCCACCGGCUGGAGAACCGGAGCAUGCACCCUUAUUCCGAGCCUGUAUUCAACAUGCAGCAGGCGCCCAACCAGCGGCUGCAGCAUUUCGACGCACCCCCCUACAUGAACGUGGCCAAGAGGCCGCGUUUUGACUUCCCGGGCAGCGCAGGAGUGGAUCGCUGCGCUUCGUGGAACGGCAGCAUGCACAAUGGCGCUCUGGACAACCACCUCUCGCCCUCUGCCUAUUCCGGCCUGCCCGGCGAGUUCACGCCGCCUGUGCCCGACAGCUUCCCCUCGGGGCCGCCUCUGCAGCAUCCGGCCCCGGACCACCCGUCCCUACAGCAGCAGCAGCAGCAGCAGCAACGCCAAAACGCGGCCCUCAUGAUCAAGCAGAUGGCGUCGCGGAAUCAGCAGCAGCGGCUGCGCCAGCCCAACCUGGCCCAGCUAGGCCACCCCGGGGACGUGGGCCAGGGCGGCCUGGUGCACAGCGGCCCAGUGGGCGGCUUGGCCCAGCCGAACUUUGAGCGCGACAGCGGCGGCGCGGGCGCCGGGCGCCUGGGCACGUUCGAGCCGCAGGCGCAGCACUUGGCGCAGGAGAGCGCGUGGUUCCCAGGUCCGCAUCCGCCGCCGGGUGACCUGCUGCCCCGCAGGAUGGGAGGUUCAGGCUUGCCCUCCGACUGCGGCCCGCACGACCCAGGACUGGCGCCGCCCCCUCCGCCCGGUGGCUCGGGGGUGCUGUUUAGGAGCUCUCUGCAGGAGCCGCUGAGGAUGCCUGGAGAGGGCCACGUGCCCGGGCUGCCCUCCCCUGGCCUGCAGUUCGGGGGCAGCCUGGCCAGCCUGGGCCAGCUGCAGUCGCCCGGGGCUGGGGUCGGGCUGCCCAGCGCUCCCUCCGAGCGCCGGCCCCAGCCACCUGAUUUCACGGCGCCCGCGCUCGGGGGCCAGCCUGGCUUCCCGUUCGGCGCAGCGAACCGGCAGGCCACGCCGCACAGCGGCCCAGGCGUGAACUCGCCCCCGAGCACGGGCGGGGGCGGCGGCAGCACGGGCGGUGGCGGCGGCGGCGGCGGCGGCGGCGGCGGCGGCGGCGGGAGCGCAUACCCGCCGCAGCCUGACUUCCAGCCCAGCCAGCGCACCUCGGCCAGUAAGCUGGGCGCGCUCUCGCUGGGCUCCUUCAACAAACCCAGCUCCAAGGACAACCUGUUCGGCCAGAGUUGCCUGGCUGCGCUCUCCACCGCCUGCCAGAACAUGAUCGCCAGCCUCGGGGCCCCCAACCUCAACGUGACCUUCAACAAGAAGAACCCGCCCGAGGGCAAGAGGAAACUGAGCCAGAACGAGACCGACGGCGCGGCCGUGGCCGGCAACCCGGGGUCGGAUUACUUCCCAGGAGGGACUGCUCCUGGGGCUCCAGGGCCCGGAGGCCCGUCGGGGACCAGUAGCAGCGGCUCUAAAGCCUCUGGGCCGCCCAAUCCGCCCGCCCAGGGGGACGGCACUAGCCUCUCCCCCAACUACACCCUGGAAUCGACGUCGGGGAACGACGGCAAGCCGGUCCCUGGGGGCGGCGGCCGGGGACGGGGGCGCAGAAAAAGGGACAGUGGUCACGUGAGCCCCGGGACCUUCUUCGACAAGUACUCAGCGGCGGCGGCGCCGGACAGCGGGGGCGCGCCUGGUGUGAGCCCAGGGCAGCAGCAGGCGCAGGGCGCAGCCGUCGGGGGAAACUCGGGAGAGGCGCGCGGGGCGCCUACGCCUCACGAGAAAGCGCUCACGUCGCCGUCGUGGGGGAAGGGGGCCGAGCUGCUCCUGGGGGACCAGCCAGACCUCAUGGCGUCCCUGGACGGUGGGGCCAAGUCGGACGGUAGUUCCCCGCACGUGGGCGAGUUCGCCUCCGACGAGGUGAGCACUAGUUACGCCAACGAGGACGAGGUGUCUUCCAGCUCCGACAACCCCCCAGCCCUGGCCAAAGCGAGUAGGAGCCCUCUGGUGACAGGCUCGCCCAAACUCCCUCCCCGUGGGGUGGGCGCCGGGGAGCACGGACCGAAGGCACCCCCGCCCCCGCUUGGCCUGGGCAUCUUGUCUACCUCUACCUCGACCCCUGACAGCUAUGGCGGAGGGGGCACGGGCCAUCCCGGCACGCCGGGCCUGGAGCAGGUUCGGACCCCGACGAGCAGCGGCGGUGCCCCGCCACCUGACGAGAUCCACCCCCUGGAGAUCCUCCAGGCACAGAUCCAGCUGCAGAGGCAGCAGUUCAGCAUCUCUGAGGACCAGCCCCUGGGGCUCAAGGGUGGCAAGAAGGGUGAGUGUGCCGUCGGGGCCUCGGGCGCGCAGAAUGGCGACAGCGAGCUGGGCAGCUGCUGCUCCGAGGCGGUCAAGAGCGCCAUGAGCACCAUUGAUCUGGACUCGCUGAUGGCAGAGCACAGCGCCGCCUGGUACAUGCCGGCCGACAAGUCUUUGGUGGACGGCACAGACGAGGACAAGACGCUGGCGCCCUGGGAGAAGGCCAAACCCCAGAAUCCCAACAGCAAAGAAGCCCACGACCUCCCUGCGAACAAGGCCUCGGCGCCCCAGCCCGGCAGCCACUUGCAGUGCCUGUCUGUCCACUGCACAGACGAUGUGGGUGAUGCCAAGGCCCGAGCCUCCGUGCCCACCUGGCGGUCCCUGCACUCCGACAUUUCCAACAGAUUCGGGACAUUCGUGGCCGCCCUGACUUGAAGUGACAAGAAAUACCCCCUCCCCCACCAGGCCCUCCCCUCCCCCCUUUCUCUUUCCUCUUCCCCCUUCACCUGACCCCACCCUACUGACCCCCACCACGUGAAUUUGAAAGGGCCACUAUUGCUGAGUGGGUGAUUUUUUUUUUUUUUCCUAGGUUGGUACCUGCUUAGUGGCAUAUGGACCGGAAGGGGUUAAUUUAAAGGGGAAAAAAAAAAAAAAAAAAAAACCUCAAAAAAUUUUUUUAAAAAAAAGAAACUCGUCCGCCACGGUAUGUUACCAGUGUUAACCCUUCUGCAGUUAGCAAACUUUUGCUGAAGCAUUUUUUCCUGCUAGAUAAUUCCCAUUUUCUUUUCUGUAAUCUUGGCAUACGUUUUUUUAGAUGACCUCUUUCCUUGUUUUAUUUUCGUGCUGCUGUAUGUCCAAGUAUUGUUAUUUCAUAAUAAGACAAGAGUUGCUUUCCUUUUUAAUUCUCUUUUAGUCUUGUACCUCCCCACUUCCUUUUUUUUUUUUUUCUUUUUCCUUUUGCUUUGUUCACUGCUUAUUAAAAUGGAAAUCCUGGAGAAUAGUAGUUCUGGAAUAUUGCCGGGUGAGAGUCAAAUUGUCAUCACAAUAUUAUAUAUUGACACCCAACUGUCAUCAGUCAGGCAGGA